AUGGCGCUGAAGAAUCCAACUCCCGACACAGAAAAAGCUUCAAACGGCGUACCACCGCCGGACGACCGAUGUCCGAUUGAAGAAGUAGCUCUAGUCGUCCCUGAAACCGACGAUCCAUCACUUCCGGUCAUGACUUUCCGGUCAUGGUUUCUCGGAAUAACCUCAUGCGUCAUCCUCAUCUUUCUCAACACGUUUUUCACUUUCAGAACUCAGCCUCUCACUAUCUCAGCCAUUCUCAUGCAAAUCGCUGUUCUCCCAAUCGGAAAGUUCAUGGCCGCAACUCUUCCGACGAAGGAGUACAGUUUUGUUGGAUGGCGUUUUACUCUAAAUCCUGGUCCGUUUAACAUGAAGGAGCAUGUUAUCAUCACUAUUUUCGCUAACUGUGGUGUUUCCAGUGGUGGUGGUGAUGCUUACUCCAUUGGUGCCAUUACUAUUAUGAAAGCUUAUUAUAAACAAUCUCUUAGUUUUCUUCUUGCUCUCUUCAUCGUCAUAAGCACACAGUUAAUAGGGUAUGGAUGGGCUGGGAUUCUGAGGAGGUAUCUGGUGGACCCAAUUGAAAUGUGGUGGCCAGCAAACCUUGCACAAGUCUCUCUCUUUAGGGCACUCCAUGAAAAAGAUGAAAAAUCAAAAGGACUUACUAGGAUGCAGUUUUUCCUCAUUGCAAUGGGUGUAAGCUUCGUGUAUUAUGCACUCCCUGGAUACCUUUUCACAGUCUUAACAUUCUUGUCAUGGGUUUGCUAUGUAUGGCCAAAUAAUAUAACAGCACAGCAAGUUGGAUCAGGUUACCAUGGACUUGGAGUCGGCGCUUUCACAUUUGAUUGGGCUGGGAUUUCAGCUUAUCACGGAAGCCCUCUUGUUGCUCCAUGGUCUUCCAUUGUUAAUGUUGGAGUUGGAUUUAUCAUGUUCAUCUAUAUAAUUCUACCUCUAUGUUACUGGAAGUUUAACACUUUUGAUGCUAGGAAGUUUCCUAUAUUUUCUAAUCAGUUGUUCACUCACAGUGGACAAAAGUAUGACACUACUAAGAUCUUAACUAAGGAAUAUGAUCUUAACAUUGAUGCGUACAACAAAUAUAGCAAGUUAUACCUUAGUCCUCUCUUCGCAUUAUCUAUUGGGUCAGGUUUCGCAAGGUUUACGGCAACCCUCACUCAUGUAGCAUUGUUUAACGGCAGAGACAUAUUGAGACAGAGCAGGACAGCAAUGCGUAAUGUAAAAUUGGAUGUGCAUGGUAGACUCAUGAAGGCUUAUAAGACAGUACCAGAAUGGUGGUUCCUCAUUUUAUUAUUUGGAAGCAUGGCACUAUCCAUAAUAAUGUCUUUGAUUUGGAAAGUGGAUGUUCAACUUCCAUGGUGGGGUAUGCUCUUUGCUUUUGCCUUAGCUUUUGUUGUAACCCUCCCAAUUGGUGUCAUCCAAGCAACUACCAACCAGCAACCUGGAUAUGACAUUAUAGCACAGUUCAUGAUUGGGUAUAUCCUUCCUGGAAAACCAAUUGCAAAUUUGCUCUUUAAGAUUUAUGGGAGAAUCAGCACCGUCCAUGCGCUAUCUUUCUUGUCAGAUCUCAAACUCGGGCACUACAUGAAAAUUCCACCUCGAUGCAUGUAUACAGCACAGCUGGUGGGAACUGUAGUUGCUGGAGUGGUGAACCUUGCAGUGGCUUGGUGGAUGUUGGAUAGCAUUAAGGACAUUUGCAUGGAUGAUAAAGCUCACCAUGACAGUCCUUGGACUUGCCCGAAAUACAGAGUGACAUUUGAUGCAUCAGUUAUAUGGGGUUUGAUCGGACCAAGGCGUCUAUUUGGACCCGGUGGAUUGUACCGAAACCUCGUAUGGUUAUUCUUGAUUGGAGCUGUGUUGCCAGUUCCUGUUUGGGUGUUUAGCAAAAUCUACCCUGACAAGAAAUGGAUUCCUCUGAUAAACAUACCAGUUAUAUCCUAUGGUUUUGCUGGAAUGCCACCUGCAACUCCAACCAACAUUGCAAGCUGGCUAUUGACCGGAAUGAUCUUCAACUUCUUUGUGUUCCGCUUCCACAAACGUUGGUGGCAGAAAUACAAUUAUGUUCUAUCAGCGGCACUUGAUGCAGGCACGGCUUUUAUGGGUGUUUUGAUUUUCUUUGCUCUGCAAAAUGCAGGCCAUAGUCUGAAAUGGUGGGGAACUGAAUUAGACCAUUGUCCAUUGGCUACUUGCCCAACUGCACCAGGAAUUAUAGUCGAUGGUUGUCCUGUAUUCUAA